GAUGAUGGCAUGACAUUGUGUCACCGGACAGUCGUACGCACACACCCCCACAGCUGGCGGGUGGUUCGGGAAAAUCAAGCGCGCUCGCGUGUGUCUGUGUGCGUGUUUGUGUGUGUGUGUUUGAGUGAUUAAUGUGCGCGUGCGUAUGUGACAAUUGCAAGUGCGAGAUCGUGGGGAAGGAAAAUUUGAAAAGUGAAAUCAAAAUCAACCCGGCAAUACCCACUUCAAACGAUGUAACGCGCGAACCGAUCCCAAGGUUCGCAUUCUAGCAUGAUCGGGUUAGGGAAGCAAAAGAGGGUGAGAAAUGGAGAGAAGGCGGGAAAGAUAGCAAAAAAGAGAAAAGAAACUAACCCGCAAUUUAAUAACAAGCUUUUAGCUUAUUGAAUUAACGCAUAACAUUAAUUUCGUGGACGGUAAAUAGCAAAACUGCCAAGGGAAAUAAUGCUGACAACGGUCCGUGAGUGCAUUAUCGAUCGAACUCAAUGCGUGAGAGAUCAAUACGUGCUGUGAUAAAAUAUUUGAAGAUCGCCGGUGCAACUGAGAAUCCUUAGUGCGCCGUCUGCCAGUGUGUGCGAGUGCGCGUGUGUGUAUCGCUGCCAAAGUUCCUUUACCCUCACCUGUGGUACGAUGGAUUCGCAGGAGCAAAACCAGGUGGAAAUACAAUCAGUGAACCCAAUACCCAACCGACGUCCAAUCAACGAUCUGCAUUACAGUGCCAUUAACAGCAACUACAGGCAGCAGAACAAGCUAAAUAGUAACAGUUCCAGCAGCCCAACGAAUGCGACACUGGGGAAUCUUUCCGGUGGCAGUGAGGAAACGAAGGCACUCCUGCCGACGAUUGGUCCAAGCGGGCGCAAGUUUGUGAUCGUACCAUGUCAAACGGGUGGCGCUGUAGGAGAUCCCGGUGGAACGGCACCGAGUGCGGGAGGGGGAAAUCCGGGAACGAGCGGUGUAAAGGUUGAACCCGGCGAGGGUUCGACGUCCAGCGGACCGAGCUCUAUAACAGUUCCAACGGCGCCGGUUGGAUCCUAUAUGAAGCCGAAAUACUUCAACAGUCUGCGAUCGGUACGAUCAGCGAACGAUCCGCAAGGGUUGGCGAAUCUGCAGCAGAAUCAGGCCUCGAUCGUACGCAGUGGUUCGUACAUAUUCAGCGAUGUCGGCGGUACACCGCGGCUAUUUUCCGACGCCACCUCGAUCCGAUCGCUCGCAUCAAUCGGCAUGGGAUCUACCGAUGGGCGGCGAAUGGUCAUCCGUAGGGUACCGAACUCCCCGAACGAGCUGCUCACCAUGAUCAACCCACCGACCCCACCCGAUGAAACGUACGAGAAUGAAAGCUACGGGGGUUUGUCGGAUGACUCCGACCUUGAUAAUCUCAAACCACGCAAGCAACACUGGGCGAACAAGAUGCAGUUCGUGCUUGCCUGCAUCGGAUACUCGGUGGGCCUGGGGAACGUGUGGCGAUUUCCGUAUCUGUGUUAUAAAAGUGGAGGAGGAGUAUUUCUGGUGCCCUAUUUCAUCAUACUGCUAAUCUGUGGAAUUCCCAUGCUGUUCAUGGAGCUGGCGGUCGGUCAGUAUACGGGCCGCGGACCGAUCGGUGCACUUGGGCAACUCUGCCCACUGUUCAAAGGUACCGGUCUGGCGAGUGUGGUCGUUUCAUUCCUAAUGUCAACGUACUACAGUGUGAUCAUAGCGUAUGCAAUCUACUACUUCUUCACCUCGUUCCGGCCUGAGCUACCGUGGACGGAUUGUUCGCACCGUUGGAACACACCGGACUGCUGGAUUCCGGAGCGCAUGAAGCACAACCUAACGCGCCCGGAUAUGUCCCGCACACCGACGGAGGAAUUUUUCGAAAAUAAAGUGCUGCAAAUUAGCCACGGUAUUGAAUAUCCGGGUGCGAUGCGAUGGGAACUGGUAGCAUGCCUAGUGUGCGCUUGGAUUCUGGUGUACUUUGCCAUCUGGAAGUCGAUCAAAUCGUCGGCAAAAGUACGCUACCUUACGGCAACCCUUCCAUUUGUGCUGAUUGUCGUGUUUCUGGGACGCUCGCUUACCCUGGAAGGUGCGGACAAGGGGCUGCACUAUUUCUUCCGUCCAAAUUGGGAAGAAUUGGGAAGGGCCAAUGUUUGGAUCAAUGCAGCAGCUCAAAAUUUUAACUCGAUCGGUAUUGCGUUCGGUUCGAUGAUUUCGUUCGCAAGCUACAACAAGUACAACAACAACAUCCUGCACGACACGCUGGCAGUGUCGUUCGUCAAUGCCAUUACGAGCUUGCUGGUCGGUAUCUUCGCAUUUGCCACCAUCGGUAAUAUAGCGCUGGAGCAGAGCACUACCGUCGAGGACGUGAUCAGCGGUGGUCCGGGAUUGAUCUUCGUCGUGUAUCCACAGGCGCUAGCGAAAAUGCCUGCCGCUCAGCUGUGGGCCGUGCUGUUCUUCUUCAUGCUACUCUGUUUGGGAUUAAACAGCCAGUUUGCCAUCGUGGAAGUCGUGGUAACUUCGAUUCAGGACGGAUUUCCCCGGUGGAUCAAGCGAAAGCUCGUCUACCAUGAGCUGCUGGUGCUGAUCGUGUGCGUCGUAUCAUUCUUUGCCGGGUUGCCCAAUCUCAUACAGGGCGGCAUAUACUUCUUCCAGCUGAUUGACCACUAUGCCGCCUCGGUAUCGAUCAUGUUUCUUGCCUUCUUUGAGACGAUCGCGAUCGCGUGGUUCUAUGGCAUCAACCGACUGUCGAAGAACGUGAAGCAAAUGACGGGACGAUAUCCGUCGCUCUAUUUGCGAUUCUGUUUGCUAGUCGCCGUUCCGUUGCUGUUGAUCUCCUUGUGGAUAUUCAGCUUGAUCAACUAUGAAGCCCCAACGUAUCAUAAUGGAAAGUACCAUUAUCCGGGCUGGGCGCACGGACUUGGAUGGACAAUUGCCUCCGCUUCUUUGGUUUGCAUUCCAUCGUAUGCCGUGUAUCAGAUCGUUCGUGCCGAGGGCAACACGUUUGGACAGAAACUGCUGAAUACUUUGAAGCCGAAUAUUUACGAGUGUAAGAUAUGUGGCGAGCAUCAUUGCGAUCAUGACUUUCCCGAGGAAGAGAUGGGACCGGAAAUGGCAAUCGUCGAGUCGACAUCCGGCGCUCCACUAAUACUGCAGCCACCUCCACCGGGACAUAUGCAGUACACGCAGCAGCAACAACUACACCACCACCAACAGCAGCAACAACAACAUCCACAAGACGAACCGAUGCUCCGUAACACGCAUACUGUUCCCAUCAACAAUGGUCCACAGAAUUCAAACUCAAACGGUGAUGAAACACGAUGAUUUGAAGCUGAUCAGUCCACCAUGAAAGGUUUGAGACAAAUGUUUAGUUAACGGUUUAGCAUUAUAUAAAAAGCUACAAUUGCAAAUCAACCCCACGUGCGGAUAAAAGACAACUCAAUAAUUUUAGUGCAAUGUCACCAACUUAGUUACCAUAACGAGCGUGAUAGGAAACGAAGGCGCGCACCUAACCAAUUAGUAUAGUCGAUACCGUGUACUAAAACGAAGUGGAAAACAGCAGAGGAGAGCGCUACAUUGCCGUGUUCACGUGUUCUUGUGCAGCUAACACUCGAAAACGUUCAGUGUUUGGCCUUUAGUUUCAUUACCAGUUUCUUUCCUAGCUUGUAAUACACCGUAGGCUCCAAGAGCUCUCCGUCGACGGUUGUGCAGAGAGUUCGCGAAGGUUAGUUUUGUGACGCAAACCAAUAUAGUUGAAGAUCCGGACAAUGGAUAAAUAAAAAGAGAGAUGUACGAUAUUUGUAAAUCCUUUGCUAGGUUCGUUUCUAAAGUAAAUAAAACACG